AUGUCGUUUUCAUCCGCCAUUGUGCUCACUGACCUCAAUGAUUUUAUUACUCCAUCGCAGGCUUGCAUUAAGCCUACUCUCAUCAAAACAGUAGCUGAUUCAAAAUCCAUAUCAACUGUUCAAUCAGACUCUCUCGGUAAUUAUUACGAAGUAACCAAAGAAGGAACUCAGACAAAACUUGAAGCGGCUGCAAUCUCAUUGACCGACUGCCUCUCGUGCAGUGGAUGUGUCACAUCUGCUGAAGCUAUUUUGAUUACUCAACAAAGCCACAAGGAGAUUUAUAAUACGAUUGAAGCAAACUCUGCUUUAGCCAAGGAUCAGCGAGCUCAAAUAUGCAUUUCCAUUUGUCCACAAUCUAGGGCAUCAUUAGCAGCUAAAUACAACCUCACCACUCGGCAGAUUCGGCGGCGAUUAACUUGGUUUUUCAAAGAUCAUUUUAAGAUGGACCAUGUGUUGGAUACUGCCUUCUCGAGAGAUUUUGCUUUGUUAGAAAGUGCACAUGAAUUUGUUCGCAGGUACAAAGCACGUUCAGACACUUCCCUGCUGCAGCAUAUGCCCAUGAUUACCAGUGCAUGUCCAGGCUGGAUCUGCUAUGCUGAAAAAACACACUCGGCUAUUCUUCCAUUAAUAGAUACUACAAAGUCUCCACAACAAAUAAUGGGUAGCUUGGUCAAGGAUUACUACGCUAAUCAGUUGAAUGUAAAUCCAGAUCGCAUAUACCAUAUCACAGUGAUGCCUUGCUAUGAUAAGAAAUUGGAGGCAUCGAGACAAGAUUUCUACAACGACAUUUAUAAAACAAGAGAUGUAGAUUGUGUGAUUAGCACUGGUGAAGUGGAACGCAUGAUUCAGGAGGAAGGUUUGGACAUUUCUACUAUGCAAGAAACCGAAGAAGACUUGAUAUUUGGAGCGCAUGGAAGAUCUGAAGGAUCAUCAUCUGGUGGAUACCUAGCAUAUGUAAUGAGGUUUUCGGCAAAAGCACUGUUUGGAGUCGAUCUCACACCAUUGGACAUUCAAGAAGGAACCAACGGCAUCACCAUUGUCGCAGGACGAAAUCCAGACUCUACUGAUGUACUGUUUACUCCUCCCGGGUUUGAUGAGCCUGCUCUUAGGUUUGCAUAUUCAUAUGGAUUUCGCAAUAUUCAGAAUUUGAUACGAAAAGUAAAGCCUGGGAAACCUGCCACCACUUUGCUGAACCCAAGGCGUGUCCGUUCAAGUACUGCUCUGGCAUCUGGAAAAUAUAACUAUGUAGAAGUAAUGGCAUGUCCAUCUGGAUGCAUCAAUGGUGGAGGUCAACUUAAACCUGAACCUCAACUAAAGAGCGAGAAAACUCAAACUUUUGAAUCAAAAGAUAGUGUGAACACAAUCGAGUUGGAUCUAGAGAUACAGUCAACAGCACAGCCGCCUCUAAUAGAAUCCACUGCUUCUGCUUCAUCUCUUACCACUGAUGGUACUUUAUCUGGAAAGCAAUGGAUUUCUCGUGCAGAGUCCAUGUAUAGAUCGGCAGAUGAAUCUAUUGAACUCCCAGAAACCAAUGCAGUGAUCAAACGGCUUUAUGCUGAGUGGCUUGGUGGGGAGGAUACUGAAAAAUCAAGAAAGAUGUUACAUACUGGAUAUCACUCUGUUGAGCCGCUAACCUCCUCUACUACAGCUGGUUUGAUAACAAAGUGGUAG